GAUGAUAAACUAAUAAGAUUUUUGUUAAAGACGAGGUCCUUUAUUAAUAGAAUCGAUAGAGAGUGAAUCAUCUUCAAAAAAUGCAGCUCUGAGAACAUUAGUUUUAUUUUAGAUUCUGAAAUUGCAAAUUUUAAAUGCUUGUACUAGAAAAUCAGAUUCAAUUGCUUUUUCAAGAUAGACCAAUUCCUUAGCAGUAUUGGCAAAUUAGAUUCCUGCUUAUACAUAAAGUAAUUAAAUUAUUUCUCCUCUUUUUAAUAAAGUAUGA